AUUCUCAAUAUCUCUUCUCUGCGUAUUACUUAAAUUCACAAGUAACCACCGUGUAUUUGAAUUCUUUAGCUUCUUCUCAGGAGAAUGAACUGGAGCGGAGGAGACUGGAUGUGCCCUGCAUGCCAACACAUCAACUUCAAGAAACGGGAUAACUGUCAACAUUGCAGUUAUCCUAAAUACGGCGGCCCUGAUCCCACCACGUUUAUUUAUAAGAGACCUGGAGAUUGGUAUUGCACUGCUAUCAACUGUGGAUCUCAUAACUUUGCUAGCAGGUCGAGCUGCUAUAGGUGUGGUGCUUCCAAGAAUGAUUACGGUGGCGGUGGCUAUGGUGCUAACAUGUAUGCUUCGGAUCCCAAUUUUCCUUCCGGUUGGAAAUCCGGUGACUGGAUGUGCACCAGAUAUGGAUGUGGAGAACAUAAUUAUGCGAGCAGGAUAGAAUGUUACAAAUGCAAGACACCAAAGGAUUAUGGUGGUGCACUGUAACAAGGCGGCCGCAAUAUGACAAAUUUCUUUUUUCUGAUGCCUGCAACAACAGCUGCAGCUUUUAAUUAAUUUGAACACUAAUAAUGAGCUUUAAUUAGGAUGAUGAUGAUUACUGGUCGAAGGCCGAUUUCAUUUGGGAGAAGGCAAAUUCUGGCUUUAUGCAAUGAUGAACCAUGUUCUUGCAUUUAGCUUAUAGAAAUCCUUUUUCUUUUGUUUUUUAGUUUUCAUUUUGGUUUUUCUUAUUGUUUUCUUUUCAUUUAAUAUGAUUUAAAAUUUUCCAAUUUUGCAA